AUGUCACAGCGUUACGCGCCUAAUUCGGAACCAGGCGAUGAAUUAGGGACUGAUUCUGCUUGCGAUUUUGAUAAUGAAUCCGAUAAUGAUGAUGGCGAACAGAAUUUUACAAGUCCUACACUUUUUGAAAAGUUACAUACAAGAUCCACCGGUGCAUGUGGUACUGCAAGAGCAGGAUUACCUAAGUUUGAAGAUAAACCUGGGAAAGGUCAACAAGUUUAUCAAAGCAAAGAUAACAUGCUGGCAUUAAAAUGGUUUGAUAAAAGAGAAGUUAUAAUGUUAUAUACUAUCCAUGAAGCUCGUAUAGAAUUUACCGGAAAAAAUGAUCCAAAAACUAAAAGAUCAAUUCAAAAACUAAUUCCAGUGAUUGAGUAUAAUUCUAAUAGAGGAGCAAUCGAUAAAGUUGAUAUGCAAACCAGUUUUGUUGAAUGUGUAAGAAAAUCUGUCAAAUAG